AUGGCGGCCGCAUCAGGUCAAACAACACAGCGUCUUCUACGCGAAUUAAAAGACUAUACUAAGUCACCAAAUGAAGCUCUCCUCCACCUUGGCCCUGUUGAUGAUGAGGAUUUGCUCCGCUGGGAGGCGGUCCUGAAGGGUGUGAAUGGGUCUCCCUACGCAGGCGGUCUCUGGCAUCUCCGCAUCGCCAUCCCACAUAACUACCCUCUUGCGCCACCAACCAUCACCUUCACAACCCGCAUAUCCCACCCUAAUAUAUCCUUCACGACUGGCGAGAUCUGCCUUACGCUUCUAACCACCGAACACUGGAGCCCUGUCUAUACACUUUCGUCAACCCUCACUGCAAUCCAUCAGCUGUUGACGGACCCACAGCCUGACUCCCCGCUCAAUGUUGAUGUUGCCGCACUACUCCGAGAUGGUGACAUUCCUGCUUGGGAGAGUGUGGUUCGGUAUUGGACGAGCGAAGAGCGGUGGCAGGGGGCUGGGAAUCUGGGGCAGUGA